AUGGCUUCAAGCACAGGCUCAGAAACGGACACUAUUUUCCACAUCGUAUUCCACUACUACGACGACACUCGGCUCAGGUUAUACUACAUGAGUCCUUAUCUUGACUGCACCGAUGAAAGACAAUCAUCAUCUUCCAUUCAAAGUUGUUUUAGUAAAGGAGAAGAAUGCCGCGGCAUGGCGACUUUUCCAGGUCCUGCUUGGGUCUUGAUACUCGAGAAGGUUACAGAUCAUAGAAUCGAUGAGUUGUUCAUCUGCGGGACGUACACCUCUGUUGAGUCUGUUAAUCGAGCGACACGGUCACUUCUUGCAGAAAAGCUACCACCAGGUGUACAGCCAGAGGAAAAGACCAGAGACGACGGUAUUCUUGAGUUUAAGAUUAGAGACAUCUCGAAUGGAAUCAAAUGGAAAGCUCGGCCUACUCGUCGCUUGUGGACGCAUGCGAGAUUGUUCUAUGCACAACUGGCGCUUUAG